GAUUUAUCCAGGAUGCUCUUCGCUUCCUUCUCAUUUUUCAUAAUCAAAAAUGUAUCAUCCACGUACCGACAAUAAAAUUCGAGUUCAUUAUUAAUAUCCUUCAAAGGCCCAUUUUCUAGUUUCGCAAGGAAAAUAUCGGCAAGAAUGGGUCCUAGAGGUGACCCCAUUGCCACACAGUCGAUUUGUCUACAUAGUUCUUUAUUAAAUAGAAAGUGGACAUUCAUUAUACAUUUCAAAAGAAGAUCUUUCAUCAAAGAUAUAGGACUGCCAAUAUCGAUGUUUCGUCUUUUGAAUUCUUCGCAUACAAAGUCCACUGUUUCCAUAAGUGUUACAUUUGCGAAUAAGGAAGAUACGUCAAAUGAUAUCAUGAAUUUAUUGUCAACAUUUAAAUCUUCUAUCCUUUCAACAAAUCCAAAAGUAUCAUUUACACUCUGUUUUACCAACUCAUCUUAUACUGGUUGAAGCACUACAGCACUUCUGUGCAUUUUAGGCGAGCCAUAUAGUUUUGGUGUGAGAGUUCCAGUGAGUUUAAGUGAUGUGUACUGACUCUGUGAGAUGAAGCCUUGUUGUAUCAGUCAUUUUAAUGUUUCCGAUAGCUGUUUCUCUUUUCAUUAAAUAGCAAAUAGCAAAUGA